AUGUCUCCCAAAACCUCACCCGCCGCAGAACCCUCCGUCGCGUCCAAGAUCGCAGAAAUCACUGAUCUCGGAAUCCAAGUUAACCACCUCCGCCGCAGAAAGAAUUCCAAUGCCGCUGAAAGAAACUACAUUUUCCAGGAGUUGUCCGCAUCUAUCGAGCAGGGUCAGGUUACCUCAGCUCCGCGCCUAUUCAACCUCAUCGACCGUCUCUUUCCAAAUCGUACUGAAGAGAUGCAGUUGAACACCACCGACGACUUGUUGCGUGUACUUCCAAAGAUUGAGAGAAUGGUCCAGGUCUACGACGAGUGCAUCGAUGUGGCGGCCGACAAGAUCGAGCAAAUCCGUGAGAGGGUAUCCGAGCUUCUAAGCCCCCAGAUCUCUGACACUGGGAGGAACUUGUAG